CAAGACAAGACAAGACAGGACAGGAUGACCAUCUGUCCACCGGUGGCAGCGAGCAACUGGCUGUUCUGGUCAUCGUUGGAUGACAAGCUGUUCAGUACACCGACAUUUGUAUUACAGAGAUAUGGUGGUCCACUUUGGUGGGCUGCAAAGUAUCGUAUUCUAUUGCUGGUCGAAGGUGGCUAUGCAAAUGGCUACCUCAUAGCACAUAGUUCAUCUUAUAAUGAGAUCAUCGAGCACUGGGCCAUUAUAAUGGCUGUCUAUCUGGACAAGGUUGAGAAGACUGGUCUAUCACACUUCUCUGAGCGAUAUCUACUACAUCUAUUCAAGAAGUUGGCAAAGAAGAUGACCAUGUUCACUGAUCAUACUGAAGAACAUCAACAACAACAACAGCAACAGCAACAUCAAGAUACUACAUCAACACAACCACAACAACAACAUAGUAUCCCAUCAAACAACUCGAUUGUCUCAUCUCUGGACGAGGCGUCAAAGCCAUCAUCAAACAUACGUAUUGGAGUGCAACGUCAUGUCGCCAAGCUGUUCAAUGUGUUGUACCAUCACGACCCUAUAACAAUAUUGGAGAGAGUGUUCUCAAGCGAGUUCCCCAGCAAUGAAUGGGUCGAAUGGAUGGAUGAUCACACAGGCAUGCGUCCCAUCCAUCUGGCCGUCGAGAAGAUGGACAUGGCGCUAAUCAAGUAUCUAUUGGACAAGAAGGCCGACGUCAAUGUCAAGGACAAGCAGGGCUGGUCCCCGCUACACUUUGCUGCGUACGCGGGCAACCUUGACGUAUGCCGUCUGCUUGUCGAGCAGGGCAACGCGGCGGUGAUGACGAUAUCAAAGGACGGCACGCUCCCUCUACACUAUCUAGCGCGACACACCUUCUCUGAGGCUGAGGUCGGCAAGUUCACACAGCUGCUCUCAUUGCUGCUGAGUAGGGGGACGCCCAUCAACGCCAGGACUAUACGCGGCGAGACAGCAAUGCAUCGAGCCGGAUACUUUGGCUCGACCCAGGUGGUCCAGUUCCUGCUGGACAACAAGGCCGAUCUCAACGUUCAGAAUGAGCGUGGUGAGACCGCACUGUACUUUGCAAUCAUUGGACACAAUACAAACAUUGCCACACUCAUGGUUGAACAUGGUGCCGACUGUAACAUUGGAGGUGCCACCGGUAGCGCACUGGAUGCAGCUCGCAAGACUGGACAGACUGACCUGUUGCUCGUACUGACCGGGCAAUCAAAGUCAGAUGAGUUGGAGCAUGAGGGCGACCAUGAUCACGUCGAACCGACCAACGACACAGCACAGGAAGUGAAGGCAGUCACAGAUACAUCAACAAGCAACACAGACAACAACAACAACAACAACAACAACGACGAACAAGUCAACGAACAGACUGUCGUGCAAGACAUCAUCGAGAACAAGGCCACGACAGACAAACAACAACAGCAGACAAGCGCAACAGGCUUCUAUCCACAUGUAUUUGUGCUCAAGGACUUUAAGGGACCGGUCUGGUGCUCAUUGUGUGGCUACUUCCUCUGGGGCAUACGACGUCAGGGCUUUGCAUGCGAGGUGUGUGGCUACUGUGUACAUCCAAAGUGCAAGAAGAAGGCAACCCUUACCGAGCCCUGCUCAGUUAGCAGAAAGAGAUUGGAAGGAUUGUACAAUCAAUUCAACACAUUGGAUAAGGAUCAACAGGGCUAUCUAUAUAAGAAGGAGUUUGGUGAUUGCCUUGGACCAAUGAUCAGCGAUGCAAUAGAGUUUGCUGAUGCCAUAUUCCAAUCAUUCGAUACCAACAUGGAUGGAAAGAUGGAUUUGAAAGACUUCCUCAACGGUGUAUCAUUGCUACAGAAUGCCUCAUUCGAAGAACAAGUUCAAUUUGCCUUCAACAUGUUGGAUCGAAACAAGUUGGGCUACGUCACAGUCCGCGAGUUCCUGAAUAUACUUCAAUCAAUCUUCCACUCUUUGGCCAACUUAAAGAUCAAUAGUGUCUCACCGGCCGUGUUCAUAUGUACCAUAUUCCCCAAGACCAUUGUAUUCAAGAGGAGAGAGCCCUAUGGCCUCUCACCAAACCCAAACAACGUUGGUACACCAACAACAUCACAAAUACAUCAAUCGAUUCAAUCACCGCCACCAGUACAACCACAACAACCUACAUCACCUUACCAACCUGGCAAACUUACCAAGAGCCUGUCAGUGGAUUCGCGCAUUGGCAAACAUCGUGGAUCAUUGGAUCCUAUUGUCCUCUCAACCAUCGGCUCACCAGAGCAUGAACAUGAUCAAGAACAGGAGGAUGACCAUCACCAUGAUCAUGAGCAAGAGCAAGAGCAAGAACCAGACUCUGAACCCGAAUCACAAGCGCAUAUUCUAAGCACACUUGGCUCAAUGAUGGCGCACUCGACAACAACGUCAACGUCAACAACAGAGCCAUCAUAUGACGACCAGUUCACAAAGAAGCUCAACUUUGAUGGACGUAUCUACUUUGAGGACUACCGCAUCGCAAUGUUGCGCCACUCACACUAUGUCCAGUCGUUGGGAGUCGUCGAGAACAACAGCCUAGAGGAGCAGAACCAGAUGUCCAAGUGGAUGAGCUUCGAGGGCAAGGAGAUCACACUGGGCCACGACAACUGGUUGACGAUGCAGUACAUCAUGAUCGGCAUCAGAAAGGCCAUUGGCGAAGCGCUGACCUUACCAACCCGCAAGCUCAAGCAGAAGGACUACGAUGUGGUCGUUGAAUUCAAGUACGAUGGGUGGACGUUCCGCGACUGCUCUCCACUGCCCUUCAAGAAGGUGCGCGAUCGUCUGGGCAUCGACCCCAAGUACUACAUGUUCACGCUCGGACCCGAGAAGAUCUUUGGCAACCUGCUCAUGGGCAACCUGUCCGUGCUGUGCGAGGUCGUGUCGAGUGGGCGCAGUGGCAGUAUGUUCUUCCGCUCGAACGAAGGCCGCUACCUUCUCAAGACCAUCCCGCAGAAUGAGGAGGCCGUUCUCAAGUCCAUACUGCCGGCCUAUGUGCAGCACUUGGAGCGCCAUCCCAACAGUCUGUUGGCCAAGACAUUGGGCUGCUACAGCAUGAUGAAGACCAAGGACUUUAGGUUCAUCGUCAUGAACAAUCUGUUCUUCACGCCGCUGCCCAUCCACGAGAAGUACGAUCUGAAGGGAUCUACCAUCGGACGACACGUCGAGCACGUCAAGGACGAGGACAACCCUGCCAACAUUGCCGAGGUCGCCCUGAAGGACUUGGACUUUAAGCGAAAGCUACACAUUGGACCCGAGCUCAAGGCGGCACUCAUGGAGCAGAUUGAGCAUGACACCAUGCUGCUCGAAUCGAACAACAUAUGCGACUACAGUCUGUUGGUGGGUGUGCAUCGCAUCGAUGAGUUCUCUCCAUUGGCACUGGACUCUGACAAUCCAGAGUCGUCAUCACGUGACAUUAUCGAUAUGCUGGAUGAAGGAUUCUUCAAGUCCAACAGCAGCAGCGCCAACAACACAAUUGGAAAGAGUUCUAUCUUCCAGCAACACUAUGGCGGCAUCCUGUCGUCUGACAAGAAGGAAGUAUACUUCAUUGCCAUCAUCGACAUCCUCACCUCAUGGGACUUCCGCAAGAAGUAUGAGAACAUGUUCAAGUCAUUGGUACAUGAAUCUUCACAACUAUCAGCAAUCGAUCCAGCAAGAUAUAGGAAGAGAUUCCAACAACUAGUGCAUCACAUUGUA